AGUUGCGCGUCUGGCGAUGGCGAUCAGAGGUCCUGCUGCGCUCUCCGCCGCGCUCUCCCUCCAUUAGCCGCGCUGCGCGGUGCUGCGCCCUCGCUGGUGCCUCUCUCCUGGGUCCCGGGAUCGGCCCCCCUUGCAGGCACGACCCCCUCCCCCGGCCCCUCGGCCUUUCCCCCCACUCGGCCACCUCCGACCCGGGGCGCGCGUUCCCCCCGGCCCGGCUCCGUCUCUCCCUCCGGGGGCACCCGCUCCCUCGCCCCGGCCCGGCCCUCCCCGCGGCGCAGCACGGAGUCUCGGCGUCCCAUGGCGCAACCCACGGCCUCGGCCCAGAAACUGGUGCGGCCGAUCCGCGCCGUGUGCCGCAUCCUGCAGAUCCCGGAGUCCGACCCCUCCAACCUGCGGCCCUAGAGCGCCCCCGCCGUCCCGGGGGAGAGCGAGCGCGAGAGCGCUGAGCGGAGAGCGGGAGACCGCGUCCUCGCCCGCCGGCCGGGAGGCCCCGGAGCCGGCCCAUGGGGAGCGGGUGCCCGGCGCCGGCCAGGACGACCGCCGCC